CAUGUGAGUGAGAGCCCGGGGGGGGUGAAGCUGGGGCUCGGAGACUUCAUCUUCUACAGCAUGCUGGUGGGCAAGGCCUCGGCCACAGCCAGCGGCGACUGGAACACCACGCUCGCCUGCUUCGUGGCCAUCCUCAUCGGCUUGUGUCUGACCCUGCUCCUCCUCGCCAUCUUCAAGAAGGCGCUCCCCGCUCUGCCCAUCUCCAUCUUCUUCGGCCUAGUCUUCUACUUCGCCACAGACAACCUGGUGCAGCCCUUCAUGGACAGACUGGCGCUGCACCAGUUCUACAUUUAGCAGGACGACGCCACGAUAAACCUCCACCCUCGCACUUCCUCCGGCCACAACGUCACCGGCCGGGUGGUGAACAAAAGGGCGAUGACGGGGGGCCCCUUAACCAGAAAGAAACCCACUAUGACAGGACCCCCCCCCAUUUUUAUUUGCGUUUUAAAACCAAGAAGUGACAUUUCUGGCUCGACUUGGGACCUCAUCUUCACAUUUUUUUAUUUACCCAGGGAAGCUUUGCUGGAGCAACAGUAAUAAUAACCACAGUCUUCUACAACUUUACAGAAGGUGCCUUGCUCAGGGACACUGAGAGGCAGCUGUGGAGCGAAGGGAAAUCUCCUUCAAAGACUUUAAUCAAACAUCUUCAUCUUUACAGCCCCCCCCCAAAGCUAACCCUGCUAUGAAAGAAAAAAGCCUUCAUUGAGUAACGGACGCUCUGCGGUGUUGAUGAUAGAUGUGGAGUUUGUGUUCGAGCUGUCGGUCACCACACGUGCUUUCCUCACCGCCGUUACGAAUGGUUAAGAAGCGCUGACGGAUGAGCGAUCCCACCCCGAGAGAUUUACACUGAUGUUUUUCACAGGAAAGAGUGGAUUUACUAUCCGUCAAAUCAAAUACAAGAAGAAUAGAUCUGUAACAAAUAGUCGACGGAAAGAUAAUCGCCAAAUAUUUCUAAAUCGAUUGAUUAUUAAAGUCAUUUGUAAUUAGAAAUUGUCCUAAGAUUCCGUUUUCAGCCUCUCUGAUAUGGAGAUUUCCGCCUUUUCUCUUUUUUAUAUCAUAAGAAAGUGAAUAUCUUUGGAGUUAGCUUUGACAAAACAGAGAUAUUUAAAAACAUCACCUUGGACUUUAUCGACCUGAGACCUUAUUCACAGUUUCUGACCAAACAACCAAACGAUGAAUGGACCAAACACGUUCUAGAUAAUGAAUAUAAUCUUGAGUUGGAAUCUUUUUUGAAAGGAGUUUAGUUUUCCCACUUUAAAAACAAAUCUUUGAGAGUGAUUCACACCCGCAGAGACGCACUGAUCACGUUUUAAGCCCGUGUAUCUCUCUUUGAGAUAUCAGUGUGCUUGUGACACUGACUCUAAUAUUCCACCGUGUUUCCUGCCCUUCAUUUUAAACGAAAGGAACACCAACAAAAUAAUCACAAAACCCCGCCUGUAACUUCAAUCAUUCAAUCGUAGUUUUUCUCUCAUGCCUUAAAGGUAAACAAAGAAUCAAGCAACAUAGAAAAGUCUGGAAAUGAAGUCAAUCAUGGCCUCGUUUAAGAAAAGCAAAACCCAUGCAGUACAAUCCAAGUUUUUACUACUUCAUAAACACGUGACCUUUCAACAAAAAAAUACUAUUAAAAGUAUUUUUCUGCAGAGGCUGGCAUGUGAGGGAAAUUGUCAUUUUGUUGGUUAAAUAUUCCUUUAAAUCACAGUUGGUGUCACAGCCUGCAGAGGGAGGAAAGUACACACACACACACACACACACGAGAUUGCCUGGAGGUCCAGUGCCUUGCUCGAGGGCAUUUCAGUAGUAGUUGUUGUUGUUGUUAUUGUUGACAGAAACGUGCUUUUCAUUCUUUUCCCUGACUCACAUUUAAUUUAAUUUUUCUCCAACCUGCCCAGAGUAACCUGUGAUCAUCUGCUCUCACUCUUUAGGCUCCGCCCCCUACUGUGCUACACCUAACACCAUGGUUAUUUCCACUAAACACAGAUACUGUAGUUUUUUCCAAAAUAUGCAUAAGAGAAACUUUGUACUUUUUCAAACACGGGGUAACGGUUCCUACACAGAUCAGGAGCGUCUGUGAAACUAACAUCAGAUCUGUGUGUUUUGAGAAGAGAAUGCUGAUAAAUGAGGGAGAUGUAGUUUGAACUUGAAUGUGAACAUAAUCUCCAGUUAUCCAGCGUUAACUGUGUAUUUUAACAAACCACAUUUAAAAAAGGGUCUUCUAUGAGAUAUGGAGUUGUUGCUUCUUAUAUGUGAAUGAAAUAAUGCAGAUUGAUGGAGGACGAGCUGCACUGAUGGAUUUGUAUUGUUUCACUCGAGUGCAACGCUUGCAGAGAUCAACAAAGGGAACAAUAUAUACAAAUAUCUGUUCUGAAACUUUGCUUUUUUUUUAGGGAAUAUGUCGGGUGACUGCCUUUUUUUUCCUGUCCUUCACAUGCAUAUGUGUGUUAUGCAAGGUUAUUCAAUUCAGAUUUUGUUUUUUUAAUAAAUAAUGAAAGUUAAAAUA